AUAGUUGUUGAUUGGAUGACCGCAUUCUGGCAUUUGUGCGCUUUAAUGGUGGAUUUGGUCAGUAUUUACAGUAAACAAGAUAUUUUUCAAGAGUACUUUAUUGGGCGAACAAAGAAGACAAUAACAAACCGAAACCGAGGCUUUGAGAGUGUUGACAGGAUCUGACAGAUUCUGUUGUGGAAAAAGCAGUGAGUGAAAACUUGAUGAAGAUUUUUUUAAGUGCUAAAGUGAAGAACAUUAAAAAUGAGGGAGGAAAUUGCAGCAGCAGUGGUGUUUUUAUCACGUUUAGUACGGCAGUGCGGUAGCAUUCCAAACGAGAAAAUGGAAUCCUUCUCAAAUAGUCUUUCAUCAGUGCUGGUAGAGAAAUUUAAGAACCAUUGGUAUCAAGAUUUUCCAGCUAAAGGACAAGCUUAUAGAUGUAUAAGAAUCAACCCAGAAGAACCAAAUGACCCAGUAAUGGAGAGUGCUGUACACAAGUCUGGUCUGGAAUACAAAGAUCUUAAGUUGUUUUGUGAACUGACACUAUGGGUAGAUCCUUCAGAUGUUUCUUGCAGGUUUGGUGAGGCAAACAGACCAGUCUGUACUCUUGCAACAUCUAAAGAUGGAAAUCUUGAAAACAGAGCGCACACUGUUGACAUAGAUGAAUAUUUACAGAAAGAAAAGGAUAGAUACAACAAUCAGGUGAAUAUUGUUACCACCCGAUCAUCUCUUGCAUCCCGUCCAUACAACAGCAACCAUAAUCUAGUCUAUAAUGGUUUCAAUACUUACCAACAGCAUAAUUACUACAACAACCACCGCCACCGCAAUAGUCGUCGUAAAUUGCCGUCAGAACAGCAAGUCAAUGGGGUGAGGCAUUCUCCUGAGCACGUCAACGAGGUCAGACAGCAGUUUAUGAAUCAAGUGAACAGCAUUGCAGGGAAAGCGAAUGAGAAGUCUGAAGAACAACCAUCAUCGAGCUUGUCAGAAGACAGCGGUUCAUCAUCAGACAGUAGCAAAUCACCUGAUCAAAGCCCAGAGAAAUCUCAGGAGAAAAAAUCAAAUAAAUCUCAUCAAAAUAAAGGGAAGCAUACCUCAAAUCUCAAUCAGGGAAAGUCCAAACAAGGCAGCUCAAAUCAAGGGUUUAAAAAUUUCCAGAGCAAAAGCGGAGAGCAGUUUUCUUGGGGUAAAGGAUCAGGGCCAUCUCAUAGUAAAUUCAAUCAAGCACCAAAGGUUCACUAGUAAUAAAUAAAAUGUGUUCAUUUCAUUACUAAUUGGCCAGACGAUAUUUUUAUUUAUAUCAGAGUAUUUAUAUUUUUUUUUCAUUGUUUUAUUUUUUGCUUAAUGGAAAUGAACAUGUUUCUUUGGUUGUAACUGUGCUAUAGGUAAAAUCACAAUAAACAUUGUGGGGAAAUAAUUAUGACACAUAUUUGUGAGAGCUUAUUUUAAUAGCACCUCGAAAUGAAAUACUCGUAAACAUGUGCAUACAAUGAUGCUUAAAUGGGAGAAAUACUAUUGUUUUUGCCAUAUGUAAUUUUUAGUGCUACUUAACAUUUGAAAAAGAUUUGGAAACCUGCUUGAAAACGAUUAAAAAUGCAGCAUGAAUAUUUACUAUAUUACCAGCAUAUUUUUGCACAUUACAUGUACUUCAUAUCACCAAGUUUUAGGGCAAAUUUACUUUUGAAAUAUGUGAUAGGUAUGAGAUAACAAGAAAGUGCUCUGUUCAUAGUACAUUUGUGACAAAUACUAGUUUACUGGUAGCAGGACUAAUGGUGAAGUACAUUAAACACUAUAUUUUAUUUCUUAAUUUAUGAAUCACUGUUUGUUUUCUUUGAUUUAUUGGAUAAAUUGAUUUUAAUUUUGUUUUUUGUCGAUUUUACUUGUGGUUUUAUAUUAUGAUGAGUGAAUUCAUCAACAUUUGUAUAGUUCCACAGCAUAUAAAGUGCAAAUUGUGAUAAAUCCAUCAGUUCUUGAAGUUUUAUUAAGUUCGUAGACAUUUAUGAAUGAAUUAUAUUGUAUAUAAAGAAAUUUUACUCGCACAGAAAAUUGAGUGUAGACCAAAAUAACUGAAAUAAUGUUUUAUGAAAGAUUAAAUUUAUUGUUUUAUUAACCAAUUUCCAUGACUUUUUGUCUAAGAAGAUUCAGCAAAGAUCUAAAAUAAAAAGCAUUUAACUUUCAAAGCUUUUAGAUCAAAACAGUUAUUCAUGACAUAUCUUGUUGGAACAAAACAGAAUUUUCAAAAAAUGGAAAAAAAACGUGAUUAUACCAUUGUUCAUCCAUUGACUUAUAAACAGUUGCGAAAAAGAAAAUAAAAAUUAACAAACUAUAUUUCUGUCUAUAAAUAAAUUUAUAACAAUAAAAUAAACGGAAAUGUACAAAUGAAGAAAUACUGAAAUCUUUUGAAAGUAUAUAUUUUUAAAACAUGGAAUUGAUGGAUAUAAUUGUAGUUCUGCUGUAUCGAAGAAAAGUGACACAAAAUGGAGUAGUUAAGUGUUGUUUGAAUGUUCAUUGUUCCCAAAUGGAAUGACUUCUGCAUGUUGUUUUGCAGAAUGAUUAGAUACAGUAGAACUUUUGACAAAGUACAUGUAUAGGUUUUAAAAUUAUUUUUUUUUAUAUAAACACCAGCUAGAAAUUUUUUAAUGAUUUUCAUUUGAAUUGCUGGAGAUACAACAUGGAAAAGGUAAUUUACAUAUACCAAAUUGCAUCCUGGUAGCUUUUCCUUUAAAAUGUAUGCGUUGUGGGGCCCCUUUGCAUUGUACCCCACCUAGCUGCAUUUUGGCAUAUUAUUAUUUAAAUCUCCUAAUUGGACAGAUUUUCAGAAACAACUGCCUUUUGAUGGCACUAAGUCAUGUUUAUUUUGAAAUAGCUUUUCAACCACCCUGUAGGCUGUACAAUUUGUUGUGGAAAAGAUUAUCUUACACAGAAUUUUUUUAAAAUUGUUACAUGUGCUUUUGAAGAGAUCAAUGGGUCUCAAAAUUGACUACGAAACAACAUUUCCUUUUCAAAUUUUGCCUUCAUGCUUUUUAUUAGAUUUGUUCAACUAGAUAUCAGCACUGUGAUCAGUAUUUAACGUUAACUGUCCAAACAUUGUACUUUAUUUUAUUUUGUGUUUAAAUUAAAGCAGAAUUUAAUAAGUAAAAUGUGGCUUUCAGUUUUAAGUAAUUAAUUUUUCUCGUAAGUUUCAGAUUUGUAAAAUCCAAGGUUGAAAGUUGUUCAAUACAGUAUUAAUUAUUCUUUUUGAUUGAAAAGCAAUUUUAAUAUUUUACUAAUAAUAUAACACUAGAAAAAUGGUCUGUGGACAUCUGAUCAAAUUUUAAAAAAAAAGAAUAACUUAAAUCUCAUUAUUGAAAACCUGGUUUACUUCGCCCAAUACUUCUCCGCAUUAUGUUUUGUGGUCUCCUCUGUCAUCCAUUGAUAAUUGUUUUACUUGUGUUAAUUGUUUUUUUUUUUAUUAAUAUAUAUUAUUAAUUGUGAUAAAUGUGCAGUAUGGAAUUGCUGCCAAAUUAAUUUGUGUAUUGAAUUCCAAAGUAUAUUUUAUGAAUUAUCCCAGGUGACCUCUGAAAGAUCAGUCAACAACAUAUCAUGACCUGUUCAUUAAUGUAAAUAUUCACACAUCCAGGCAGAUGGUUUAUGGUGAACCUUUUACUUGGUGCAAUACUAAUGUCUUAGCUUUAACUAGAUUUAUUUUUCAGGUUGCUUUUAAGCAUUAAUUCAGAAAAAAGAACGAAUUGAUAAAUAAUAGUAUAUUGUUAUUUUUAUGACUUUCAGUGGUCAAAACAGGGCUUACAUGGUAGAAGUGGUUCCACUUGCAGUUUAUGAAAAUGCUUGUAUUAAAAAAAUGUAACAAAUUUCAAAUUUUAUCCACCAUACACAUGCAGGUAUAAACAUUUUGAAUUACACUCCCUCAUACAUUUAAUUGUGCAUACCUGUAAUCAGAUAUUUGUAUGGUAUGGUUUGGCAGGGCUGAGCAAUGUCCCCUUAAUCUUUCCCCAAAUUGAGCUCUGGUAGUUAAAAAUUCCUUGUGUAAUUUUACUAAAGCUUGAAAGUGUAUUUUUGAACAUUCUCUAAAAUGGUCAGAAUUUGAAUUCAGAUUGUAAAUUUUGUUACCUUUGAAAUUAUACAAGUAUUUUGUAAAUUUCAUGUUGGAGCUACUUCAUUUUUAAUGCUAGAUCAAAGGACUGUAUAAAGACACAUUCUUACUUGAUGUGAAAGAGAUUGAGAGAAUGUUACAGUUAUGUGACACAUUUUAUAUAUUGAGGUCAAGUCAAAGUUAUUGAAUGUGUUCAACCCAAUUUUAUUUUUUUUCAAGUAUAAGUAUUAAAAAACAACCAUGGUCUUUUGGGGUUUAAGAUUGACUUGCAAUUGAGGUUUUUAUCCGCAAAAUUAUAUAUAAAUGAUUUUAACAAGUAGUAAAAUUUUAUAGUUUUCAUGGUGCAAAGUUUGAUUUAUGUUUAAAGGAAUAAAAAAGUCCUGCAGUUAUCUGGAAAAAUUAUAUUAUUAUCAUGUUCCAAAGCUUUCAGAAAUCAAAAUAAUUAGGGGUCACAUGUUGCCUUUUAGUUGAAAGGGAAUAUAUCAUAAGCAAUCCUGUGUCAUACAAUGAUGCAGAGACUUCAAAUAAACAAUUGAACACCAGAUUGAAGUAAAUUACCUUGACUUGACCUACUCAUUUAAUGAGGGAAAUUGCAAAUGGCUACUUGCGAAGUUUUAAAUACAAAUUUUAUAGAAGUUAAUACUUCCAUACUCAGAAAAUGUGGUCAGUCAAUUUUACUGUUUUUUAUGUUUUAUGUUAGAGAAGCUGGUUUUCAGUUAAUUUUUGCUGUUAAUAAGAUUGUAGUAAAUUGGUUGUUUAAAGGAAUAAGAACACAUGUAAACAUUUAAUUCUCAUUUCAUUAUUCUAACUAUUUCUACUGUUGCACGAACAAAACCAUCAGAAUCCAUCUAUUUUUGUUAAUUCGCACGUUAAGUUUUAUUUCAAUGCCUGUUCUUUGCAUUAACAGGGUUUGCCUGUUAAAAAAAAAUAGUGCUUAUGGAAUAUCCUUUAAGUUUGAUUUGAAAUUUAAUUGAAUUGAAUAUAAAUUUGAAAAAAAAUUCAGACAGUUUUUUUUAGGGGGGAUUUGAUGAGGUGAUUGAAGACUAGAAACCACCAUUUAUAAAAAAAACAAAGAAAUUUCGAGGUAGUUUCUGAGUCUGGAAUCUUCUUUUAAAUUAAGCAUAAAUAUAGAGAAAUUGUCUCUGUCGUAAUUAAUGAUGGAACAUGUCCACAUCCUUUUUCAGAGUAAUUAAACAAGUAAGUAGGGCUAAUACAACAUGUACUUGGUUGACAGAGAUAUUUGUGCUGUCUCAAUUGCAAGACCUUGUUCAGCUUUGUUUCUGACGGAUUUUUCUUGUGAUAUUCAGGUAAAAAAAAGUUUUUAAAAUGUCUUUUGUAUUUUCUCCAAAAUUUAGUUUUUGCCAAAAUAUUUUCUUCUGAUAUUUUUAAUCAAUAUUUUGUUCAAUUUUCAUAAAUCAUCCCUGCCAAGUUGACUAGUUGAUCUCAGACCAUGUUUACUUCAGAACAUUCAUAACUACACAAAAUGGCAUUCAUUUCCAUGUAUAAUUAUGAUCUCGUUCCUGCUGUAUCAUUUUUUAACUGUCAUUUUAUAAUCGUAGUUUAAAAAUUGAUGUAGGAUAUUUAUGCAUGUGUAACUUGACUAAGAACAUACAAUAUUAUAACUCUUGUGGAUUUUGUCAUUUAUAAUUUACUCCAUGUUGGUACAUUUGUAACUCAAAAGUUUUCCUUAUAUUUUGUAAAAAAAAUUAAAUGAAAAAUCCUAAAAUCAAUUUUUAGAGGUUUGAUAUUCAAGUCUUGAGUGGAAAAAUAAAAAAAAUUGGAAUUUCUUUUCUACAUGGGACCAAAAGUUAAAUUAGAAAAUUUGCUCUCAUUGCACCACCCCCUACGUACUGUGAUUGAAAUGACAAUCGACCUGAGCUGUAUAAUUUUAAGACUUUCCUACAAAAUUAUAUAAACAAAAGUUAUAAAUGAUGAAUAGCAUGUUUAUGUAACUGUAAGCCUUUAGAUAGAAUUUCUUUGUUUGAUGUCGAACUAUAGAAUGAAUAAUACUCAAGUUUAAUUCAGGAAAACAGUUUGUCAUGUAUUAUGUUUUGAACCUACCAAACCAUGUACCGGGUAUGAUAUGAAAAGAAAGACUAUCUUAUUAUUUUUUCAUGACAUGUUCAUUAUAAUUGUAUGCUUAUUUUUAGUCCCUUUCCUGAAAGAUUAGAACUUCUUGCUUGCUAUACAGACAUCAGACAUAGAAUUCUAUUUUAAGGCCUACAUAUUAUGGUCAUUUAAUGACUUACAAAUCUGUUAAGUAUUAGUAUAUCUUAUCUGUGUGUAUUUGAACAAGUUUUUUUCUUCUGUAAUAUUUGUAUUCAUAACUUCAUAGCAAAAACCAUACAUUAUGUUGAUUCAUUGAAAGGUGUUCAGAAUUGUGGCAUAACUUGAUAACUGUGAUAUUGAUAUACCACAGCAUUACAAGUCAAAACUUGUUGUUCCAGAGAUCUGGUAUUAAAAUUUUUAUAUAUAA